AGAGAAAGAAAGUGAGAGAGAGAGAGAGAGAGAGAGAGAGAGAGAGACAGGAAAGCUGUCGGAGUCCCACUACUCUCGUGGGAGUCGGACUGACCGCGCGUGCAGAAACGCAGGAACGCGCGGACCGCGAACCGCCACCACCGCCAGUGUUGUCGAUGAGAAGGGUCGAUACCGUUGACACGAAGGCCAGAGAUUUUCUCCCUUGGCUUUUUUUAUUUCCUCCUACGACGACGACGGCGGCGGCGGCGGCAACGACGACGACGACGACGACAGUGACGACGCGACGGCGGCGGCGCGACAAGAAUCACGCGGAAGGAAACGGACGGCGGACGCGCGUUCCUACCACGAGAGCGGGUCGACGAGCGGCCUGCUACCGUCGCGGCUCGUCGGGGCGCGUCUCACGCAUAUACGUGUACACGCGGACACGCUCGCGGCCGAGGUGAAACACAUGUGUCACGGCCGAGUAGUGUCUUCCACUGCUGCGGAGUGCUGCCCGUCGUCCACCAUCCACACGUUGUGUUCGUUACGUGCUACGCUCGCUCCGGCGUACGCGCCCGCGUCCGCCGCGGUGACGCGCGACAACGUUCGACGCGUACGACGUCUCCGCUGACGACGGUCCUCGGGACGAUGCGCCGCGCCACGGCCGCGGCGAAAUAAAAGCGGAAGGCGGUAGGUGCGUGCGUGCGUGCGUGCGUACGUACGUGCGUGCCUGCGUGCGUGCGUGCGUGCAUGCGUGGGUGGGUGGGUGUCUGUCCGUCUGGCUGGCGGCCGCUGCCGCUCUCACGCACACCGGAUUUCUCCGGGCGCGGAUACGUGCCUGCGCGUAGCGUGCCACGAGUCGCGCGCUCCUGCCGUCCUGCCGACGGCGUGCGCUCGUGACGAUCUGAUCCCCGGUGCUGUGUGACCUGGCGUCGUCGCGAGCGAGCGAGCGAGCCCACUCGCCGUGACCGUCGCGCGUUUUCCCCGAGUGCGAGGGGAGACUAAAAUGUCGCUUGCUAGUCGGCCCGGAGCCUGUGCGCUGGCGUACGCGGUGACGACGACAACACUGUGACACCGAGCGCGAGGACACGGAGGACACAUGCACUGCUUACGAGUUCGCCUGUCUUGUAGACCGUCGUCGGGUCUGCCGAGUUGUGCCAGCACGACCUCGCCUGCAAUUCUCUCCGGCUGUUCCGCGGCUAUGCUCGGCGACUUUCGCGACGGCCCGUCAUGCACGCUGUUGUUUUCAUUUGCUACUUGUCAAUAUGAUACGUGUGCCUCGGACUUUGUAACUUGCAGAUUUUGGUUUCUCUGAAAGAGAAGAGAAAAGACAGAGAGUGAGAGAGAAAAAAUUGCUGAGAGUAGUAACAUGUUUUUCACUGGGUCUGAAUGUUGCGGCAACUCUGGCAUGUGUGUUUGAUUAUCUCUGAAUCGAGCGGAACCACGGUGGACAUAUAAACUGUGUCGUCCUAUCUCGAAUGCUGAGAAGUCGAAGUAUGAGAGGCCAAGCGGAGGAAAAUGGAUACCGGUAAAGUAUCAGCAUGCGUGAAAAGUCAGCAGAAUGUCAUGCUCACGCAGGUCACGUGAGGGGCACGACAGAGAUGUGCUCGCGUGAUCCCCCUACAUUGCACCCGACCCUUGCCAAGGCAAACGGUAAAAAUUCGAAUCCCCAGCCAGUUCACCACGCGGAGGCGCGCAUCGAUAAUAACCUCCUACCGACUCCUGGUGGCCGUUUGAAAUUCUUCAAGGAUGGAAAGUUCAUUCUGGAGCUGUCCCACCGCAGGGAUGGCGAGAAGACCACGUGGUUCCCUGUGCCAAAGAAAACGUUUUGGCCACCUGCUAGUACGAUCCCAAAUCGCCAGGAGAGCUCUACAUCUCUUAGUGUUUCAGACGACAACUCGUCGGUGCAGUCCAGCCCCUGGCAGAGAGAUCAUUGCUGGAAGCAGACUCAUCCCCGACGCAGGAUAACCACAGAAUUUAAUUUCUAUUAUCGUCGAAACCCUAAGAUUCGCUUGUGUGCGCAUCCUCGCUUGAUAGCGAAGAAACGCAGACGCCCGUUCGAUUCCACGACCGCCGCACUCAUCCCGGAGUCGACGGCCGCUUAUUCGAGAGCGUCGCGUAAAUUGAACGGCACCUCAUCGUCGUCCUCGUCGUCGUCGUCAUCGGGCAAGGUCCUCAGUCUAAUCAUCGACAAAUUGGCGCGCCUGCUGGACCCGAAUGUUGUGUCACCACGCAAACGCAUACUGCGUGAGCUGGAGAGAGUCUCGUUGGAGGACCAAGCGUCCAAGAGGAGGGCCACUCCGCAACCGACGGCCUGCACGACGACGAGCGCGCCGACUCCCACUUCGAAGCAGCUGUCGUCAUACAGUAUAACGAGUAUUCUAGGCGAGGACAAGCCGAAUUCGGCUGAACCAGGCUUCUUGAGGAAUCUGCUGAAGCCGGACGAGCGGCAACAACAGCAGCAGCAGCAGCAGCAACAACAACAACAGCCUGUGAAAUACUCAUCGAGCAACAAUGCUUAUCCGCGAGUACGAAUCGACCCUUACAUCGGCUCCAGCAAUACGUCCGUUCAUCAUCCGCUCUACGGAUUGCCGAUGUUGCCCCCCGGACCGUACAGGGCACCCUUGUGGAUGCAUUAUCCGUCUCCCGUCCACUAUGCACCUCCCAUGCCACUGUACGCGCCGCCGCAUCCUCAUCCACCAUCCCCGCCCGUUCAUCACUACAAAGACUACAGGGAACAAACUCUCACACCCCCUUCAGAUAUGCCUCUGAAUCUGUCGAAGCAUGCGGGUUGAAUCUCAGGAUCCCACAAUAGUUGGUGCCUUAUCAGUGGACAAAACUACACACAAAACACUGCCCGUGCAACGACAAGGAAGAAGAAGAUGACGAUGAAGAAGAAGGAGAAAUGCGAUAUAUUAGUAUUUUUUUAUUCAUAAAACACGAUAGUAUCUUUUAGUGAGUAGAGAGAUACGAAACUAGACGAAGUUGGACUCUGGGUGAGAACUGUAAUUGUACAUAUACAAAUGCAUAAAUUGCCCGACGCGGCAGCAUAGGUAUUUUAUAUCGAUAUUAUCGGCAAGAUUAUAUCAAUCGUGAGUGGUAAAUAGAGGACGUUAGGCAUAUAACAAGCGGCAGGCAGAGGUAGAUGUGUCUAUGUGCGUCACGCACUUUCUUUUUGUCGUAUCGUAUGUUUAUGGAUGCUACUCUGCGUUGAGGUCGGAACGAAAUCAAAGAAAAUGAAAAACGAGAAGAAACGAAAGCGAAAGGUUCGCGAUUCAGCGUGCGCGCGCGGAUUUUCUAUUAUUUAAGAGCCACGCGAGUAAAGAAAACGUAUUAUGCUGUCGAUACGGAAAAUAUAUUAACAAUUGUGAGCGACGUGCUAGUGAUAUUGCCUUGGUUUUAUUUUCGACACUCAUUGCUACUCAUGUUUUUAUAUCGCAGCGACGAGAGAGGAGCCGAGCUGCACGUACGCGUAUCUCUUUAUGCAUUUUUCCCGUUAUUCUUAUUAAUGUUACUGUCUUUGCUAUCGUUAUUGAAUGGUACACUAUCUUCUAUCUUAAACGAAUCAUAAGAAAGACAUAGGAUUAUGUACAGAACAGAUUAUUGCCUCUACAUCUAGCAUAUUAAUUAUUCUUAAAAAUAGAGAAAAAGCAUAAUAAAAUUUAGGUUCUAAUGAAUAUCCACACAACAAACAAGUAUACAGUUAUUUAUACGAUAUUAAUAUGAAGAGAGAACAAAAUUACUUUGGUAAUGAAAGGAAAAACCGUGGGGUGUGCCUUAAAGUAAUUACUGAAAUUUCCAUGAAACUAAAUUAUAAAACAUUCAUACACGCGAAUAUACGCAUUAUUAUUAUUAUAAAAGAGGAAAAAACGGAAAGGGCACAAUAUUAUGUAUAUAUAAAUAUAUUUCUGUGUUACGUAUUCGCACCUCAAAUCAACGCAUAUAUAUUCGUUACUUUAUUUAUUAUUAGUCAGGCGCAUUACGAAAUAUUUCACGACGAAACAAGGCAAGCUCGCACAGGUUCUAUACGAAUUAGUGAGUAAUUUUAAUUAUUCAUCGACAUGCGCUCUUUAUCGAUUCAAACAAAGCGAAAAGUAUAUGACUGCGUAUUAGCAAUUGUAUAGAAAGACUAAUUUCAUAAAUAUAAAUAUUUCAUAUACUAUAUACAUCAAUAUUCCUCUCAUUUACUACGUGCUUUCCGGGUCGAGCGCAUACUCUUUGAGUAUUCUCGCGUAUCGCCGGUUUUCAUUAAUAUAUUUUUACCGAUUAAUUUAAUGAGUCUGAUCUUAUUAGUGUACUAAUAAUCAAUACUAAUACCGUUCAUUAAACGCUCAGUGGGCUUUCA